AAAGAAGAAAAAAAAAAAAAAAGAAAGAAAGAAAGAAAAGAAAGCAUAUUGACAUUGGCUAUCAAAUUUCUAGAAAUCCAGAAUCCCCAGUGCUUUUCAAUUCCCUCCACAGAUCUCAAAAUUCCCUCUAAACCGAACCCUAAUUCGAACAUUCUCUCUUUCUCUCUAUUUAUCGCUUGCUCUAUUCAAUUUUGUUCUUCACAGUGAGAUAUCGAUCAUUCUAGAAGCUUUCAUGAAUCAUCAUCAUCAUCAUCAAAGCUUCAUGGACCAGCAACCUUACGAUGCCUGAGCUGCGUAGCCGAGCACGCAGGAACCGGGCACCCAAUAACCCUGACCCGAACCCGAUUACCCAACCACAACCCGCCGCCGACGACGACGACGACGAAAACAAACUAAGUCUACGAACUCUCCGCCAGAGAAGAAGAACCGGACAGAACCGGAGGGUUAAUAGUGUUUAUAACCGUAAUAAUAGUAAUAAGAAGAAGAAGAACGACACGAUCGGAGGCGUUGAUGAUAGGAAAAUCGUGAGGGCUAAGAGAAGUCCCAAGGUCAUCAUUGAAACGAGGUCGUUUAAGAGCAAAGAAGAAGAAGAAGAAGAAGAAGAGACUAGGGUUUUGAGACAGGAAGUUGAAGAAAGAGCAAUGGAUGAGUACGAUAGUGGCGGCCGGAGCGGCGAUAAGGGCCUCGCUGCCGAGGAUGAAGGCAGCACUGCUCCUAUCCCUGAAAAGGUUCAAGUUGGUGGUUCUCCUACGUACAGAGUAGAUAGAAAACUGGGCAAAGGAGGCUUUGGACAAGUGUAUGUAGGUCGACGCAUUGGUCAUGCCAGUUCAAGUGAAAGAACCGGCGCUGGUGCUAUAGAGGUAGCUUUAAAAUUUGAGCAUAGGAGUAGUAAAGGAUGUAAUUAUGGACCACCGUAUGAGUGGCAAGUUUAUGGUUCACUAGGUGGCAGUCAUGGUGUUCCACGAGUUCAUUACAAGGGCCGGCAAGGUGACUACUAUGUUAUGGUUAUGGAUAUGCUUGGACCAAGUUUGUGGGAUGUCUGGAAUAACAACUCACACACGAUGUCUAUCGAAAUGGUUGCAUGUAUCGCCAUCGAGGCUAUCUCCAUAUUAGAGAAGAUGCACUCUAAGGGAUAUGUGCACGGGGAUGUAAAACCUGAGAAUUUUUUGCUUGGUCCUCCUGGAACUCCGGAAGAGAAAAAGUUAUUUCUUGUGGACCUUGGAUUAGCCACUAAGUGGCGAGAUAGCACAACUGGCUUGCAUGUUGAGUACGAUCAACGUCCGGAUGUUUUCAGGGGAACUGUUCGGUACGCUAGUGUGCAUGCUCAUCUUGGUAGAACUGGUAGCAGGAGAGAUGAUUUAGAAUCUCUUGCUUACACACUCAUUUUUCUUCAACGUGGUCGGUUGCCUUGGCAAGGAUAUCAGGGAGAAAAUAAAGGAUUCCUUGUAUGCAAGAAGAAAAUGGCCACUUCCCCAGAAACUCUUUGUUGCUUUUGUCCCCAGCCUUUUCGGCAGUUUGUUGAGUAUGUUGUAAAUUUGAAAUUUGAUGAAGAACCUAACUAUGCAAAAUAUAUCUCCCUUUUCGAUGGGAUUGUUGGUCCAAAUCCUGAUAUCAGGCCAAUAAACACCGAUGGUGCUCAGAAGCUUAUAUGUCAGGUUGGACAUAAGAGAGGACGAUUGACCAUGGAGGAGGAAGAUGAUGAACAACCAAAGAAGAAGAUUCGAAUGGGGAUGCCUGCAACACAGUGGAUUAGUGUUUACAAUGCUCGCCGGCCUAUGAAGCAAAGAUAUCACUAUAAUGUGGCAGAUGUAAGGCUUUCCCAACACAUUGAGAAAGGAAAUGAAGAUGGGUUAUUUAUCAGUAGUGUGGCUUCAUGUUCAAACCUUUGGGCCCUUAUUAUGGAUGCUGGCACGGGCUUUAAUGCUCAAGUUUAUGAACUCUCACCCUUUUUUCUUCACAAGGAAUGGAUUAUGGAACAAUGGGAGAAGAAUUACUACAUCAGUGCAAUAGCAGGGGCUAACAAUGGAAGUUCACUAGUUGUAAUGUCUAAGGGAACUCAGUACCUACAGCAGUCUUACAAAGUCAGCGAUUCAUUUCCAUUCAAGUGGAUCAACAAAAAAUGGAGGGAGGGUUUUUAUGUUACUGCCAUGGCAACUGCUGGAUCCAGAUGGGCAAUUGUCAUGUCUCGUGGUGCAGGAUUUUCUGAUCAGGUAGUGGAACUAGAUUUUCUCUAUCCUAGUGAAGGUAUUCAUCGAAGGUGGGACAAUGGUUACCGGAUUACAUCAACUGCAGCAACUUGGGAUCAGGCUGCAUUUGUUCUUAGUGUUCCAAGAAGAAAACCCGCAGAUGAAACUCAAGAGACACUUCGAACUUCUGCUUUUCCUAGUACACACGUCAAGGAGAAAUGGGCAAAGAAUCUUUAUAUUGCAUCUAUUUGCUAUGGUCGAACUGUUUCAUGAACUGCCAGAGUUCUUUUGGGAUGGAAAUUAUGUUAUCUUGACCUCUCCCUUGUAUGACCCGUGAAACCAGCUCUUAACAUCUAGUGCUCCUUGUUGGGAACGUAGGAUCCACUCAAGGCAAAUUUACCGAUCAUGGCAUUUUGGAGUUGAUGUAUGCUAAACUCUUCUAUAUUGCCGACAUCACAUAGCAUCUGAUACAAACACCAGUGCACUGUCUUUCAAUUGUGUCAAAAUGCUUAUGAGGCUAAUUUUAAAUCAUAAAUGUCCACCUGGGAUGGGAGUUUCACCUACCAUUAAAAGUUUGUAUAGUUUUGAACAAUAAUCACAUGGUUGAAGGCAUGUGCACAGGUCAAUCUGAUUAUUGAUGGUAUUUUCAGAACGUAAAUUUAUGAUUUUGCUGGGGGCUCUGGACAUUCUCAGCUGUUCAGCCUGUACUUAGUCCUUUUUUAUUUUUAUUUUUAUUUUUUAAAGAUCUCCCUUUUGGACUAGAAGAUAUUUCUGAGAUGUCUGAAUUUGACCUGAAAGAAAGUGGUUGUACACUUUUGAGUAACAGUUUGUAAUUGUCUCUUUAAUAUUAUUGCCCUUCAUGACCUAUUAAAA